GUAAGAAACGUUGACUAGACCUUGACGAGGAGGGAAAUGUGGAGGAGGAGAGAUGAACGAGGAGGACAGAUGAACGAGGAGUGGAGGAGGAGUGGAGGAGGAGGAGGAGGAAGAUGUGGACGAGGAGAAAGAUGUAGAGGAGGAGGAGGAGGAGGAGGAGGAGGAAGAUGUGGAGGAGGAGGAAGAUCUGGAGGAGGAGGAAGAGGAGGUGAGUUCGAGGGAAGGCAGGAGGCCACUCCUGCUGUGUGGAAUGUGAUCUGGUCGAAGGACAUGACAAAAUGUCCAAAGGAGUUCGCGUUGGCCAUAGAAACGUUGCAGAGCCACUUGCCAGGUCAUCCGAGCUUGCAGUGGCCACCUCUUCGAUUCCCCGAGGACGCAGUGCCGCUGCUGGUUCCUCCCACCGCCCCUUCUGGAGAGGUCGCAUCGCCCAAUUCUGGGGCUCCAACCAUUCGAGUCACGGUACCGCGUCCUGCAACAACAGUUGCAACACGACCGGCAGCCCCGCCGUCUGCGUCGCUGGCUGGGACACGAGGUGCUCGCGAUGUGGGAGUUGGUCGUUCCACUCCAGCCAACGAGCCCCCGCCUCUGAGGGAUGGUGUGGGCUCUGCGACAUUUGACGAGGAGAGCACACGUGCAUUUAUUGAGAGUCGCAGGUGGGGGGGGAGUGCCGGCAGUUCAGCGCCCGCGCUUGCCCAUGUUUUCAAGAGUGCUAGGCAGUCAGAUGCCGCACGGGGUGGUACUGCGGUGGCACCUGGCGCAUCACCCCGCAGUUCGUCGGAGCACCCCUGGCUACCGUCGAGAGCGGCGCAGCGUCCAGUGGUCCACCACGCUCACGGAACCGCCCACCCGGAUCCGUCACACGCACCUGCAGAUCCUCGACAUUCUGCUUCCGUGCCUCGUUUCGGGGAACAGGUGGAUCAUGGGGUGCCUGCCGAGGAGGUCCCCGCUCCGGUGUCCGAUUCAUUGCCGACCCCUGUUCCGACAACCACUGGCGGUGGUCGGUCUGCCCCACAGCGUCCACCCGUGUUGACCGGAAUGUUAGACCCUUUGCAGCGCAUUCGUGACCUUGCAGUCGCCCAGAGCGCGGCACCUGUGAGCCCUGGCGGGUUGUUGGAUGUUGGGGUCCUCGGUGGGAGAGCUACGACGGGACGAUGUCGGGGCACUUACAGGCAGCAAGCCGUCACGUCAUAUUAUUCGGACCCUUUGGAGCGCGCAUGGCAUCUACAAAUCAUGCGGUUCAUCGUCGAGAGCGGGAUGCCGUUCAACAGCACGAAGCUUGAAAACUUCAAACGCAUGUUCACGAUGAUAAUCCCGCCGGGGGUUCCAGGGGCGCCCGUGCCUAAACUUCCCUUGUACCACAUGCCGCGCACGACCCUUUUGGAUGAGCUGGAUGGUGAGGUCCAGAAGUGUGUUCGGUCGGUGCUUGACACGUCGAGAGAGACCGGUUGCACAAUCAUGACCGAUGGUUGGAACAACAUCCGUGGUCAGACGUUGUGCAACUACCUUGUUAGUACAGAGAUCGGGGUGGUGUAUGUGUCCACCGACGUCAUGCGCGGCAAAAAGGACGCCAGUGCCCUCGCGAACGCAUGGUCGAAAAGGGUGAAGUCCAUGGACGUUCAAUUGAGUGACAUCACGGCGUUCGUGACGGACUCCGCCGGGGUGAACGUCGCGGCGAUGGAGGUAUUCCAAAAAGAUGAGAGCGUGAAACACAUCUUCUGGAUUCCUUGCGUCGCCCACAUCAUGGAUCUCAUUCUCGAGGACAUCGGCGGGAUUGAUUGGGUGGCUUCCUGCAUUUCUCAAACGAGGCUGGUUACAAGGUUCUUCAAGCGCCAUGGACAUGCGAGAGAGGUUCUUGAGGCGCACUCGACGAAGACUCUUCUGCUACCGGUGGAGACGCGUUUCGGCACGAACGUCAUCAUGAUGGAGAGGCUGGUGGCACUGCGGGCCGCGUUGACAGAUGUUGUGGCCAACGAUCGCUGGCGUGAGACUGUUUGGUCGACCAGCAAGAUCCGCAAGGAUGCAGCGGAGGUCACUGCAUGUAUCGGCUCCCCUCCAUGGUGGGAGGAUUUGAGAGCUCUGUGCAAGAUGCUAGAGCCCAUCAUGGGCAUGCUGAAGUUGGUGGACAGCGACACACACCAGAUCAGCAAGAUUCUGCGACGUUACGAGGAAAUGAUUGCAUCUUGUUUAUCCGCAUGUCGUGACAUUGAUCGGGAGCAGCAGGACGCUAUUGUGGAGGUGUUCCACAGGCGACGCACCAUGUUCAAGACCCCCGCCCACACGGCAGCCAUGCUGCUAGAUCCUGAGUUCCGGGACGCGACGCUUUGUGACGAUGAGGAGGUGCAGCAGGCCUUGGUCGAGGCCCUUGUCUAGUUCGGCUACCCGGAGGAUUCGCCGCAGCACAGGGAGGUCCAACGAGCGGUCGCCAAGCUCC